CACAGCAGCUUUAAAUGCCAGCGUUAAACCUGCCAGAUUAUAAAGAAAACCUUUUGCUCCACUUAUCACUUGCAAUUUUGUGUGAGUGGGAGGCAGAGACUACAUCGCCUUUGGGUCUCCACAUAAAAAAAAAACCACACAGCCUACCAUCAAACCUGAAGCAUCUGGAUUCCGUGCUAGUGACAUAAUGACACAGCACACAUGAUGAGUCUAGUAUCAGCAUGCUGAUACUGGAAGAUCACUGGCCUUUAGCCAAUCCUCUGGGCCAUACAGAACAGCGCUGACAUUAUCUUGAUGGUGUAAACUGAACUUUUAUCGGUGAGGACAUAAGCACCGGGGCUAGACAUACUUCCACCCACUAGAAGAGGAAGACUUUUGCGAGUUCAGGAUGAAUUUUGUGGCUUAUUUCAGCCUCCUCUCCUCCGCAGUUCACGCAGGCCUGCUGAGAAAAAGACAAACAUGCCCGCAGGUUUGUGAUGCUGCUCGGUGCCCCGUCCUGCCUCAGACUUGUUACUACGGCCAGGUGAGGGACGGAUGCGGCUGCUGCGUGGUGUGCGCGGCUGGGGAGGGUGAAGUGUGCGGGGAGCGGGGCCUCUCCUGCGGGGACGGGCUGCGGUGCGACUCUGUCCCGGGGAAGCUCCGGAGACUCCAGGGCACGUGCAUAUGCGCCUCAUCCGGUCCGGUUUGCGGCAGCGACGGCAGGACCUACCCCAGCAUCUGCCGCCUGAGAGCCGAGAACAUGAGGGCCGCGCUCGGAGAGACCGCCCCGGUCAUUCUGAUCCAGAGAGGUCGAUGUGAGUCAGGAAUGCAACAUCCAGAGAGCAUGCGCUACAAAUUCAACUUCAUUGCAGAUGUGGUGGACAAGAUUGUUCCAGCUGUGGUUCAUCUUGAGCUUUUCCAAAGACUGCCGUAUUCCAGCGAGGAAGUCUCUGUGUCGAGCGGCUCUGGGUUUGUUGUGUCAGAAGACGGCUGGAUCGUAACCAAUGCGCAUGUACUCACCAACAAGCAGCGGAUAAAAGUAGAGCUGAAAAGCGGUUUUCAGUACGACGCUACAGUCAAGGACGUGGACCAGAAGAUGGACAUUGCACUCAUCAAAAUCGAGACAGAUAGUCCCCUGCCUGUGCUACGUCUUGGCCAGUCCUCAGACCUGCGUCCCGGUGAGUUUGUGGUCGCUGUGGGAAGCCCCUUCUCUCUGCAGAACACAGUCACCACCGGCAUUAUCAGCACCGCCCAGCGCAACGGCCUGGAGCUCGGCUUCAAGGACUCUGACAUGGACUACAUCCAAACUGACGCCAUCAUUAAUUACGGCAACUCUGGUGGUCCACUUGUCAACUUGGAUGGAGAUGUCAUCGGCAUAAAUACUCUGAAAGUGGCAGCUGGAAUUUCUUUUGCGAUUCCUGCAGACAGAAUACGUCAGUUCCUCGCUGAAUCCUACAACAGACAAAUCAACGGAAAUACAGGGCAAAAGAAGAAAUACAUAGGCGUCCGGAUGCUGCAGCUUUCAUCACUUUUGAUCAGAGAUCUGAGAGAACGACAGAGUGAAUUUCCAGAUGUGAGCUCAGGCGUUUAUAUCUAUGAGGUGAUACCUGGAACAGCUGCAUCCAGCGCCGGCAUGAUCGACCACGACAUAAUCAUUGGCAUCAACGGGCGGCCCGUCCACACCAUGCAGGAAGUGAGCGAGGCCGUCCAGAGCGGCGCCGCGCUCUCUGUGGUGGUGAGACGAAAGGAUAGCGACAUAACGCUAACUGUCAUUCCUGAAGAGGCAAACUAAACCUACAGGCUGUAAAUGUCACCCAUUAAAGGAAAAAUGUACUUUGA